AUGGCGCUCGAUAAAGGUGGGAUCGGAUUUUCGAGGUAUUCAUUUUAUGACUCAUUAUAUAUAUUGGUGACAACGCUAUCAGGGAAGGAUAAAUUUAUUAAGUUUUUGCAAUUUUUUUUGCAAUUUGUUUCUAUAAUUUUCGGAGAACUAUUGAGGUAUCAAGAGGAAAUAAAAUAUUUUUUCAGUUAUUUGAUUAGGCUGAUAAAUAAAUUGCAAGUCAUUCAAGUAUUGAAGAGUUAUAGUAAUGUUGAUCGAAUUCAAAUCAAGAGUAUAUUUAAUUGGUUGGUUCAAUCAAGCCAAUUAGGUCAAUUUUAUGAAUUUGGAGACACAUUUAAUUAUAUCAAUGGUUAUAGUGACACAUUUACGAUAAAUAACGCUAUAAACGAUUAUAACUCGAUAAUCAACCCCUUAAUAUCGUUUUUGACAAUUUAUAGAAAAUGUUUAAGAUUUGGGAUGUUGAAUUUUAUGGUUAUUGAAUUGGUUAAACUGGUUCAAAAAUUUAAGGUGAAACUGGCAUUAAUUCAUUUAAUUAGACUUUAUUAUAUUGUAUUUGAUGAAAUAAAUCUAUUAAUCAAGUUGAAGAUUCUAUUAAAAAUAGAAUUAAGAUUAUUCAAAUUUAAUAAAAUGGAUGAGUUUUUCAGGAUAUCAUCAAAGAAUGAAUUGUAUGGAUUAUUUGUUAAUUGCCUAUUAAAUAUUGUAUUAAAUUUCAAUAAAUUGAUAAAAUAUUAUAAGAAGAACAAUAAGAAACAAGUUCGAAAUAAUCAGAAUAACCAGAAUAACCAGAAUAAUCAGAUAAAUAAUGAAUUCUCUAUAAUAAUGCUAGAUUUUUUCAGAUUGUUUAAUGAAUUAUCAAUGCAUUUGAUUCAAAUCUUUAAGAUAAAUUGUCCUUAUGAAAUCUUUAUUUGUAUUGGAAUAUUAAAUAAUAUAAAUGACACAUAUACUGGUAAUUGCAAUAAAUUUAAUAUUGAAUCUGAUAACAAGUCUAAUAACAAUCUCAAUGCUACUAAUAAUAAAGUUGAUACUAUAUAGCAAUAAUAAAUAAAUUACUUUCCUUCUCCGUUUUCGUUCUUUUUUAUUCUCUUUUCUCUUUUCUCUUUUUCUUUCUCUUUCUCUUUCUCUUUAUUAUUCCUCUUGAAGAAUAAUUACGAG